GGGUUGCCGCCCCGCUGCUGCCCCGCUCCAGGGUAGAGCGCUCACCCUUCACACGCGGGCUCCGGCCCGUAGUGCUCGCGGGAGAAAGGGCACCGGAAGUGCGUUCCCUUCUAAAGCUUCCCCCGUCUUGCCCACGCCGGACCCAAACUUCGCGCACAGGAACUGCGCAUCCGGAAGUACCCCCUCUUUUUGGAACCCUGCCCGAUUCGGGAGCUCGAGAGAGUAGGCCAUCGCCAUUUCCAAGCGCCCACUUUCAAAAUGGUAGCCGGAAGGAAGUUCGCGGCUGCGACGAGCGCGAGGUUCUAAUUGCAGAGCAAGCAAUUUCCGGUCCGUUAGCAAAGAUGGCUGCGCCCAGUGGUGGCUUCCAGCCUCGUGAGCGGCGCAGCGGGGAGCAGGAGCAGGAUUGGGACGCGUCAGCCCCCAAGCGGCCCCGGCUCGGGGCUGGAAGCAAGAUCGGAGGCCGUAGGCUCAUUGUGGUGCUGGAAGGGGCCAGUCUGGAGACGGUCAAGGUAGGGAAGACGUACGAGCUACUCAACUGCGACAAGCACAAGUCUAUGCUGCUGAAGAAUGGACGGGACCCUGGGGAAGUGAGGCCCGACAUAGCCCACCAGAGUUUACUGAUGCUGAUGGACAGUCCCCUGAACAGAGCUGGCUUGCUGCAGGUUUACAUCCACACACAGAAGAACGUGCUGAUUGAGGUGAACCCACAGACUCGAAUCCCCAGAACCUUCGACCGCUUCUGUGGCCUCAUGGUUCAGCUUUUACACAAGCUCAGUGUUCGAGCAGCUGACGGCCCCCAGAAGCUCUUGAAGGUAAUAAAGAAUCCAGUGUCGGAUCACUUCCCAGUUGGAUGUGUGAAGAUCGGCACCUCUUUCUCCAUCCCCAUCGUCAGUGAUGUACGAGAGUUGGUGCCCAGCAGCGACCCUGUUGUUUUUGUGGUGGGGGCCUUUGCCCACGGCACGGUCGAUGUGGAGUACACGGAGAAGAUGGUGUCCAUCAGCAACUACCCGCUUUCUGCUGCCCUCACCUGCGCAAAACUUACCACCGCCUUUGAAGAAGUGUGGGGCGUCAUCUGACAGCAGCGGGGCCUUGCUCUGAACCCACAGACUGCUCACACUGCACCCUCGGCCCUGUUCUGAACUGGAAGACGGCCUCCUGCUCCGAGCAGUCGGACUGUGGGGACGCUGGGGCCGUCCACGUGCUGUUUAUCUUAUAAAUACUGUUCUUGCAAA